AUGGCAUUAAGAGAAGGUGAAAUUGGAUAUGUUUCAUUGUUAUCUGGUUAUAUUGUUGCAUUACAAAUUAAUGAUACAAAGAGCGAAAUAUUAUGGGAAUUGAAAAUAUCUGAUAUUGCACUUAAAUUAUUAUACAGCGAUAAAUUACUGUAUGCAGCACUUGCAAGUGGUGUUCUGACCGUUUUUGAGAAUGUGAAUAAAAUUAUACCGAAUGCUAUUGAAAUGCUUAAUUUACCGAUUAGUACAGCACCGAUUACGGAAAUGAGCAUAGUUGGUGAUACUUUAUGGCUUGCAACUGCAUGCAAAGUGACAAUUAUCUGUUCGAAAUCGUUAACAAUACUUCGAAAAAUUUAUGUUGCAUCAUCGGUAUCUGUUCAUGGUUCAUCAUUGUUUGAAAAAAUUCGUUGUAUGUAUCAAUCAUCCUAUGGAGUUUGGAUUGUAACAGCAAAUUCGCAAGUGUUACAACUUUGGAAAGAUGAUGAAUGUAUUCUAAUUAUAGAUUUAGGAAAAGAACAAUACAAUAAGUUUGUUUAA